AAAAUUUGAAACGAUCUGGUAACCUCAUCCAACAAUGUCGCCACAGUUGUGAAAAAAAAUGCAAGUGAACGAAAUUUUUGCUUAAUUCCAAGCUUAGAGGAUGACUACAGAGCGACGCAUAUGGUGGGCAGGAGAAAGCCGGGUGGAGCCUCCUUGAAGCAAAACUAUUCGAACCUGGAUGUGUGUUUCACGCGCAGCAAUCGUGGCAACAACCUGCUGAACAUCGAUGGAAAACCAUUCACCCUCAAUCGUAGGAUUAAGGAUGCCUGCUACUGGGAGUGCGUCAAGCUACGCUGCAAGUACACAAAGUGCUCCGCCCGAGUGGUGACCAAGGGCAAUAUGAUCUCGGCCCUGCGCGGCCACCACAAUCAUCCCUAGACACCAGUCUACACAAAUGCAACCUCUUUUUAGUCAAAUAAAAUUGUUUUGUUAUAAAGAA